AUGGCGCGAAGAUAUGAUACAAGAACAACUAUUUUUUCUCCUGAAGGUCGACUAUACCAAGUGGAAUAUGCUAUAGAAGCAAUCAGUCAUGCUGGAACGUGUUUGGGCAUACUUACAAAUGAUGGAGUUCUCCUUGCAGCUGAAAAACGGAAUGUGAAUAAACUGCUUGAUGAGACUUGUGGCUCAGAGAAAAUUUAUAAACUAAAUGAUGACAUGGUUUGCAGUGUAGCUGGUAUUACUGCUGAUGCUAAUGUCUUGGUUAGUGAAUUACGUUCUAUUUCAGAACGUUAUCGUAUGCAGUAUGGAGAUUCUAUACCCUGUGAACAGCUGGUUUCGUGGUUGUGUGAUGUAAAACAAGCAUAUACUCAAUAUGGAGGCAAAAGACCAUUUGGUGUAUCAAUAUUAUACAUGGGUUGGGAUUCACAUUAUGGCUUUCAAUUGUAUCAGUCAGAUCCUAGUGGAAAUUAUUGUGGUUGGAAAGCAACUUGUAUUGGAACGAACAGUGCUGCUGCCAUUGCAUCAUUGAAAACUGAGUAUAAAGAAGGACAAAUGACUUUAGAUGAAGCAAAAAAAUUGGCUGUGAAAAUUCUAUCAAAAACUUUGGACGCUACAAAACUUACAGCUGAUAAAGUGGAAAUGGCUACACUUAAACGAGAAAGUGAUCAGACUGUCACAAACAUUCUUGAAAAACAUGAAGUUGAGAAACUUAUUACUGAAUAUGAGAAAAUGGAAGCUGAAAUUGCUGCAGCAAAAGCAGAAGCCAAAGCUAAAGAGAAGAAGGAAAAAGAUGCAAAAGAAAAAGAUCAGUCAUCAUCUUAA